CGCUUCGCAUUUAUUAAGGUGCAAGUCAAAAACAGAUUUUCGAGUGCGUUCUCCUGAAAUCAAAUUGUCACGGCUGGCGUGUGUUCUGUUUAGAGGUUGUUAAACGUGCUAGUUCUCUGAUUAACUAUUAAUAUGCACAUUGUUUACCCACUUUAAUACUUAAUGUUAAGCGCAAGUGAUCGCGCGCUUCAAUCACUUGUGACCUGCAAAGUUGUUCCCAGUGCUACACGGGUGUGUUUGUGCAGCUGUAACUUAUCCGCUACAAUGACAAGUACUGUAAAGGAACCUCAAUGCAAGAGCUGAAGGCUGCCGGUAACCUGUCUAGUGUGAUGCACAAAAACCUAUUAAAAGCUAUCAAGGGGACUGACAUUGGCGACUUCAUUCGCCAUGUGAAAUCACGAGACUGCAUCCAUUCUCCUACUUGUGUCCAAGAACAAUUCUUGUGAAGGAUCCUUUUCAUUGACCUUCUUUCUCAAUGCUAUGGAGAUAAGCUCACGAAGGCAGAAGUCCAAAGAUGGAGAACAAGUCAUAUAUGUAUACCGUGCUAUAACAUACCCCCUAAGUUAUUGUUUGCUUUUGUUGUUGUACUUGGUUUUUGCCUGUCCUGCCUCCUUACAAUAUUCAAGGUCUGUGUCUGGUCACAUUUGGCUUAGUUUUUGUGCCUUGCUGCUGUGUAAUGCGUGAUCUUCGUCAAGUACGUUGUGAUCGCUGACACUAAACCUGCCUUCUUUAGAGUAUAUGGACACUGUGUCUUUCCCAUGGUAGAUAAUUGUGCUUGAGCCAAAUUAUUGCUACGAGCAUUGCCUUGUCUUUGGAGAGAAAUCACAGUGCUGUUUGUGAAAAUGGAAUUUGUGCGAAUUAUAAUUUGUUGGGCACGUUGAUGAAAGUUUUGAGUCAGCGUUAAUUUGAUGAGACUGAUUAACUAAAUACAAGAUUUAUUUUUAUUUUUUUCUAGUCAAAGUUAUUUUUUACUGAAGUUGCUUGUGACCUUUGUGUGUUGGCAUCAGAUGUCCUCUCUCCUGUUUACUGUGCACAGCUCAAUUGCAAAGACUGCUUUUGCCUUUAAGUGUUGAAAGGACAUUGAAAGCAAAUAUGAAGUCUAGCUACAGCAACUGAUUCUGCUCUUUUUAUUAAUUAUGUGCUGCAAAAUGAUUAAGUUAGUGGGAUAAUCACAAUUCAAUGAGUUGGAAUGCGGCAUAUUGAGGGUCAUGGAGCACUAACAGAACGACAUUCUUGUGUAGGAAGUCCAAUAACGUCAAACUUUUUCCUAUAUAUUUAAUGAAAUGAAAGUAUUAUCAAUCAUUGACCACUUCACAAGAAAUCAUUGCGGGGUUGAUGUGCAAUAAGUAGCAGAGGCUGGUUACACAUUUUUAAAGUAGUUUUGUUGCUCCUCUACAUAACUUUUAGUACGCUCAUUUUUGCACCAAGAAUGUAUUUGUAAAUUUAGAAUAAUAGUUCAUCAAUUUACGAGAGAAAACUAAUUUUUCUUAUUUCCCUUAAGUUUCACAUGCGAGAGCUGCAUGCCGUCUCCCUUGUAAUAUCCUUUUAAAAAUGUGCUAUCAUUGUGUUGCAGCUGGCGUUGCAGCCGGUUUCUCACCAGUCACAGCACCUUCAUGCUCCACGUCUCCGUUUCCCCUCUCGACCAAGGCGCCGGAAGAAGCUUCAGCUGAAGCCACAGCAGCCUCUCGUUGCAUGGCCUUCCUAGAGCUACACUUCAUAGUUCCCGAAUGAGCAGUCUCCAUGUGACCGACCAGUCACAAGCUCAGCAGCUUUCCGGAGCAGAGGUGGCAGGUCACCACGUAGCAGUCUCGGAUAUGAGCCUCCAGAUCUUCCAGGUGGCCGGUGUAGCUACAUCCGUAGUCCUCGUUGUAACAGUACGCUACCAAUGUGUGCAGCACAUCAAAAUCGGCGGUGGCCAAGGGCAUGGCCCUGUUAGAAAUUGUGCUGCCAUCAAUUACCAUAAAAACAGAGCCCCUGUCUGAUGCCACUGAGAACUGUGAUCCACUUUCCCAUACAAGUGACCCGCCAAAUAAUGACACUGAAGAGGACGAUGUGCAAAGAGCAGCUGGGGACAAAGGAUGGAAAGGAACGAUAGAGACAAGCACACAUCAUCACGGGUUACCAACCAGCCCGGUCCCACACUUUACUGAAGAGGUGUUCACUAUAGACACCGCUGCACUACAACGUGGAGCUGAAAGUGACGAAGCGAAUCUCCGAUUGUGGUCUCCAAAUGGCCUGUUCCCAAAGUUCUCGUCAUAUGUUCAGCCCCUUCUGCAUGGUGCCUCGAUGAUGGAACAAAGGCACAGGGCUCUCUCCUGCGCUCUGCGCGAUGAAAUCAUCCAGUUCCUAAAUGAACACAAGCUCAUCCAGCACACGAACACGUCAGUCAUGCGCUGGGAGUACUGCGCGCUGGGGCGUUCCUUGGCUGCACGGUACCCUAACAUGGUCUGGGACCACCCCAAGCCUGGCACGCGGCUACCUUACAGACAGAAGAACGCUUGGAGUGUUUUCAUAAGACGCCUCACCGCAUCCAGAAAGGCGCUGAAGUGGAGGAGGAAGAUGAAGCUUAUGAAUUCAUUUAGGAUUCCCCAAGGAUCUACAUCUACAUCUACAAUUAGGACUCCGACUACCACUGCUUCCUAGGCUGUAGCAAGUGUUCAAAGUGAUGAUGCCUGUAUGCAGUGUUUAAAGACGUUUGCAGAACUAUACAGUAGAAAGAACAGAAGCCUUCUCUAUCCCUGCAACUAUUAAAAAUAUUCCUGUACAAUUUUA